AAUAACCGACAAAAACGGCCGUGCGCUGGCCCGACCCAAUUAUUACCAAUAUUAACAAAAUUUGCAAUUGUGUUCUCGAUGGCCGCGGCACGUUUUCCGUUUCAGCUGGUUAUGCUGUGCGUUAAUUUUGAGGAUUAAAAAAAUGGCGCGUAGUACGCAGAAAAUAAAGAAGGGUUUUGGGACAGACACCUUGCAGGACUUUCACACGCUAGCGAGGAAUAGAAUAAACAUUGUUUGAUGUUGCUGAAAGGUGGAGGACUUUUUAAAGCUCAACCUUGCACCGCCAUGAAAGAUUAUCUUGGCCCCACCGCGCAGCCAAAUAUAGUAAUAUUUGCAGGGUCUCGGCAUUGCAGACUUUGAUUUCUCCAUUAUUACGGCCCUCGUUCCAUUCGCAGCUUGAGUAGUUAUUUUCAGUAAUAUAUAUAUAUAUAUUUUGGUUUUACACUGUCGAGGCUUUUGCCGUAAAGGUAAUGGUUGCAGCUGGGGGAUUUUGAAUUUCACGUCAAUUGACGGUGUGGAAAGUUAGCAUCUGCGUCAACUGACGCAGCUGCCAUCUUCGUAACCAUGGCAACUGAAAGAAACAUAGUUGCUGGGUCAAAAGUGUGGAUUGAGGACAGAGAGUUGGCAUGGGUGGGUGGUGAGGUGAUUGAAGUUGUAAAUGGGCAAGCUAAAGUUUUUUCAAGUAGAGGAAAAACGCUGCUUAUUCCUAUUCAAAAGGUGCAUCCAAGGGAUCCAGAUAUACAACCUGGAGGAGUAGAUGAUAUGACUAAACUAGCCUACUUAAAUGAACCAGGUGUUUUAUAUAAUCUUGGGAGAAGAUACGAACUAAAUGACAUUUAUACAUAUACAGGAAAUAUCUUAAUUGCUGUUAACCCGUUUACAAAGCUUCCACAUCUAUAUGAUGUUCACAUGAUGGAGCAGUAUAGAGAAGCCCCCUUUGGAGAAUUGAGCCCCCAUGUUUUUGCAAUUGCUGAUGCUUCAUAUCGGGCAAUGAUCAAUGAACAAUGCAGCCAAUCAAUCCUGGUUAGUGGAGAAAGUGGAGCAGGAAAAACAGAGACAACAAAACUCAUAAUGCAGUACUUGGCAUAUAUUGGUGGUCGAUCUGUGGCAGAUCAUAGAACAGUUGAACAGCAAGUUCUGGAAUCAAAUCCACUUCUAGAGGCAUUCGGCAAUGCAAAAACAAUUCGAAAUGAUAACUCAAGCCGCUUUGGAAAAUUUGUGGAAAUACAGUUUGAUAGGAAUGGUAAGAUAUCUGGAGCUGCUAUUAGAACAUACCUUCUGGAGAGAUCUCGAGUAGUGCAGAUUACGGAUCCUGAGAGGAACUAUCAUUGUUUUUAUCAACUAUGUGCUUCACCCGAGGAUACUGCUAUGUACAAGCUGGGAGAUCCCUGUAUGUUCCACUAUCUGAACCAGAGCAAUACUUAUGACUUGGAUGGGGUGAGCAAUGCUCAGGAAUAUAUGAGAACACGAAGAGCCAUGGAUAUUGUUGGCAUAAAUCUUGAAGAACAGGAAGCUAUAUUUCGUAUUCUGGCAGCAAUAUUACAUUUAGGGAACGUUGAAUUUGCUCCAGGGAAAGACCAUGACUCCUCUAUCUUGAAGGACCAGAACUCUGUAUACUAUCUUCAAAAUGCAGCAAAACUUUUCAUGUGUGAUGCAAAAGUACUACAAGAUGCACUAUGCACCCGCAUUAUUGUGACUCGGGAGGGGAACAUUACAAAAUCUCUUGAUCCUCCUGCCGCUGCAAUCAAUCGUGAUGCUCUGGCAAAGACUGUAUAUUCACGAUUGUUUGAUUGGUUGGUUGAUAAAAUCAACAAAUCAAUUGGGCAAGAUCCAGAUUCUGUAUCUGAAAUUGGUGUCCUGGAUAUCUAUGGCUUUGAAAGCUUCAGGAAGAACAGUUUUGAGCAGUUUUGCAUCAAUCUGGCAAAUGAGAAGCUUCAGCAGCAUUUCAAUCAGCAUGUGUUUAAAAUGGAGCAGGAGGAGUAUAGCAAAGAAGAAAUUGACUGGAGCUACAUAGAAUUCAUAGAUAAUCAAGAUGUUCUAGAUCUAAUUGAAAAGAAACCUGUGGGAAUCAUUGCUCUUCUAGAUGAAGCCUGCAUGUUUCCUAGAUCAACUCAUGAGACAUUUGCAACCAAGCUCUUUCAAAGCUUCAGAAAUCAUAGCCGAUUUAACCAGCCAAAGUUAGCACGUACAGACUUCACAAUUUUUCACUAUGCAGGCGAGGUAACAUAUCAAACAGACUUUUUUCUUGAAAAAAAUAGGGACUACAUCAUUGUGGAACACCAUUCCCUGUUAUCAUCCUCAAAAUGCUCUUUUAUUGCGGGUCUUUUUCCUCCUUUGCCUGAAGAUUCUUCCAAGUCCUCUUACAAAUUUUCCUCCAUUGCUACACGGUUCAAGCAACAACUUCAAGCUCUGAUGGAUACUCUGAGCUUGACAGAGCCACAUUAUAUCCGAUGUGUGAAACCAAAUUCAGACAACCGGCCUGGAAAAUUUGAGAACCUAAGUGUUCUACAUCAACUUCGUUGUGGUGGAGUUUUAGAGGCUGUGCGGAUAAGCUGUGCGGGUUACCCAACACGACGGGCAUAUGAUGAGUUUUUAGACCGCUUUGGGAUACUAGUGCAAAAACUUCUUGAUGGACACUGCGAUGAGAAACUAGCUGUAGAAGAGUUGCUUCAGAAAUUUAAUCUCAGCAAUUACCAAUUGGGGAAAACAAAGGUAUUUCUUAGGGCAGGUCAGAUGGCGGAGUUGGAUGCGCGAAGAGCAGAGGUGAUAAACAAUGCAGCAAAAAUUAUUCAGCGUGCCUUGCGCACAUUUAUUGCAUGGAAAGAAUUUAACCGAAAGCGGAAGGCUGCACUGAAAAUCCAAACUUAUUGGCGAGGGUGGCUUGGACGCAAACUUUAUGGGGUGAUGCGAAGGGAAUCUGCCUCAAUUAUUCUUCAAAAGUACACUCGCAGGUGGCUGCUUCGGAAAGCCUACAUUGAGCUGAAGUAUGCAGUAUGUAUUGUACAGGCAGGAAUUCAUUCAUAUUUUGCUUGUAAAGAGUAUCAUCUGAGAAGGCUAACACUGGCUGUGGUCAAUAUUCAGAAAAAUUGGCGUAUGUGCAAAGCUCGUUUGUGUUUCCUUAAAUUGCGGGUUGCAACUGUUACUUUUCAAUGUGCAUGGAGGAGCAGACUUGCAAGAAGGGAACUCCGUGAAUUGAAGCUGGCUGCGAGAGAAACAGGCGCACUACGUGAAGCAAAGAACAAACUUGAGAAACAAUGUGAAGAGUUAGCAUGGCGACUGCAGCUUGAGAAAAGAUUGCGAGGUGAUGUGGAGGAAUCAAAGAAUUUGGAAAUUAGGAAGCUUCAGAAUGCAUUAGAAGAAAUGCAAAUUCAACUUAACACAUCGAAGGAACUUGCUUUAAGAGAGCAAGAAAAAAAUAUGGUUCUUCAACAUGAUCUCAAACUUGCAAGUGAUCAAAGCUCAGCAUUGGAAAUGAGUUAUAUUGAAAUUAAAAAGCUGAAAAGAGAAUAUGAGCAUAUUAAGGUCUCAAUGGAGGCACUGGAGAUGAAAUAUGCCAAGACAAAAAAAGAAUUGGAAAUGUCCGCAGAACAAAAUGAAGACAGAAUCAGAAAAGGAGAGGAAGCUGAAUCAAGGAUUGCUCGUCUUGAGGAGAUGUUGCAAAGAUUGGAAAAUAAGGUAUCAAGUUUAGAAUCUGAAAAUCAAGUUCUACGACAGCAAGCUUUAGCUGUUCCUUUAUCUAAUGUCCUUGGCAACCGUGCAAACCCUAUGACUAUGCAGAAUAUUCCUGAAGUUAACUGGCUCUCUAAUGGGGAUCGGAAAUCUAUGUUUGAUUCACCAAUUGGCUCUCAAAUUAUAAGAGAACGGAAUAAUGUCCUCUCAGAACCACGGCAAUCAAAGUCCAUCAUUGAUAAGCAGCAGGAUAAUCAAGAAGCUCUUACCAAGUGUGUCAAGCAGGAUGUAGGAUUUAGCAAUGAUACACCUGUUGCUGCCUGUAUUAUAUACAAAUGCCUUCUUCACUGGAAUGCUUUUGAGGCUGAGAGGACACGCAUAUUUGACCACAUUAUUCAAACAAUUGGCUCAAUUAUUGAGGGAAAGGACGAUAUUGACACUUUCUCAUAUUGGCUUUCAAAUACAUCAACAUUGAUUUCCCUACUACAACAUAAUAUUAAAUUGAGUGGGGUUUCUACAACACCUCAACGUCGCUAUGCUGGUUCAAGCACCCUUAUAGAGAGGAUGACACAAGGAUUCAAAUCACCUUCAAAUUUUGGCUCUUUGGGAAUAGGCGUAAUCUCUGCUGGGCCGGAGGUUACUAAAGUGGAAGCAAAAUAUCCAGUCAUUCUCUUCAAACAACAAUUGACAGCUUAUUUAGAGAAAAUCUAUGGGCUAAUCAGAGAUAAUGUCAAAAAGGAUAUAAGCCCACUACUCAACCUUUGCAUUCAAGCACCAAGAACAUCUCGAGCAAGUAUGGGCAAAGGAUCACGAUCAUCGAACAUGGUUGGAAUCGUCCAGCAAACUUUGAGCAGUCAUUGGCAGAGUAUUAUCAAAAUUCUGAACACUUUGUUGAAUAAACUGCGUGAAAAUCAUGUACCACCGUUUUUAGUGCGUAAACUCUUCACACAAGUUUUUUCAUUCAUCAAUGUGCAGCUUUUCAACAGCCUAUUGCUGCGACGUGAAUGUUGUUCUUUUAGCAAUGGGGAAUAUAUUAAAUCUGGACUUGCCGAGCUAGAGAGAUGGAUGUGUGAGGCUUCAGAACAAUAUGCAGGGACUUCUUGGGAUGAACUAAGAUACAUUAGACAAGCUGUUGGUUUCCUGGUGAUACAUCAGAAACCGAAGAAGUCUUUAAAUGAAAUUAUGAACGAUAUCUGUCCAGUUCUAACUGUUCAGCAGCUUUAUCGAAUAAGCACCAUGUAUUGGGAUGAUAAAUAUGGAACACAAAGUGUAUCGAAUGAGGUUAUUGCAAGCAUGAAGAAGAUGAUAACUUCACAACAGGGCUCAUCCAAUUCAUUUUUAUUGGAUGACGAUUCUAGCAUACCAUUUACUGUUGAUGAUUUAUUGAAGAGUAUGCCAGAUGUAGAUCUGUCAGAUGUAGGGACACCACCCCUUCUACGUGACAUUUCAGCUUUCCAGUUUUUGCAGCAGCACACAAAAUCAUGAGAAGGUUGUAACAUUUGAUUAUUUUCUACUUUCCUUGGGUCUUUGGGAGAAAAUUGUUUUCUCUUGUUUUAACAAAUCUGGAAUCAAGAAAGUCUCAGAUUCAUUUCCUUGAAAUUGUGCAUAGAAUGUUUUUCUAUGAGACCAGUGUAUCAUAUGAAUUCAUGAAAAGGUCAUCUGGCAUCCAUUCAUAGGUGCAAUGAAAAUUGGUGAUGGCUGUACAAGCUCUACUUCUCUUCUGAGAGGAUCAGAGAACUCUUCUCCACAAUUUUCAUUGGACAAUUUAAAAUUGUUUCAAGACACCUCACAACAUGUUUAUUGAACGAGUGAGGCUCAAAAAGAAGCUGUAGCGUGAAUAAUUGUAUCGAACUAAAAGUACAGUGUAUUUUUGCCAAUACAGGGUGAAGAAGCAAGGCUUUUAUUGCAUUUUGGCUGAA